UCCUCAAGAAGUGAAUACAGUCAUAUUGCUAACCUAGUCAGCAGCAAACGAUAACAUAUAGCAAUGGGUACCGUAGAAAGCGAAAGUCAUUCCAACGUGCCUUACAAUCGUAUUGGAGAAUUCCAUUCUUCUGAUUCGCUAGAAAGUGGCGAUCCUCAACAUCGCUCGGAUUCUGAAACGCAAUCUGUCCAUAAUCAAGUCAGUGAUAACAGAAAACGUUCUUCCCACACUAGCACAAGUGAUUGCGAGCUUAUCAGUGAACCGGCUAUGGAUGAGGUAGAAGCAGAUGAAAUAAUUUCGGCAGCGGACGGAUUUGGCACUGCCACACGGACGCAAUCUGCUACCAAUAAGCAACAGGUGUACGGCAAAAAUUCCACGACGACGAGGACUGCCCAGCAGCAACAACCCAAAAUGAGCAAAAAACUGCUUCUGGUGAAUCUGUUGGCAAACUUUCUAAUGUUUGCCAUAGCCGGUUUCAUCACCUACCACUGUUUCAACAAGGCCACCGUACUGUUUUCAUGGCAUCCGUCUCUGAUGAGCAUCGGGUAUUUCAUCUUGAUGUCCCAAGCUGUACUUACUCUAUCCGGAGCAAACCUACUGACCUAUCGGAAGCACCAGAAAACUCGAGUUUUCGUUCACUGGAUCCUACAGGCACUGGCUGGUAUCCUCAUCACGAUCGCUUCCGUGUGCAUCUUCCUGAACAAGGUCCGCAUGGGAAAGGCCCACUAUCAAACUGUCCAUGCCAUUGUGGGUCUCAUUACUGUUAUCCUUACGCUACUGUCCAUUGCGGGAGGCAUUUUCACCAAAUAUGGCUACCAACUGCGACACCUGGUGCGACCGAUCAACUCCAAGAUCAUGCACGGGAUCGCCGGCGUUGUGACUUACAUCAUGGGAUCGGUUACGAUCGGUCUCGGCGUUUACUCCGCGUGGUUCCAGGAGGACAACGACGGGCACGUUAGACUGGCGCUGCUUAUUGGGAUUAUUGCCGUUACGUUGUACGUAAUCAUCAACCCCAUCGCAGCUACAAUCAGCCGAACCAAGACUGCUCUUCGAAGCACACUAUGAGCAUCAUUAACCGUUAUUUAUAACCCAUUCCUCAUAUACACAAUUUGGGAAAAUUGUUCACAGACAAUUUAAAAACCUGUGCAACCUAAUCAAUCACGCUAUUAUUAACACUAGGUUGUAAAAUUUUGGCUUUCGAAGAAUAUAUUUUUUGAAACAUUUUUAAACCAAA